UCAGUUUGCGAACUCGCGUUGUCUGUGCUUCGUGUGUGUUGUUUCGCCCGCAUGUACACAGUGUCCGAAAACGUAUUUUAUUACUUCUUGACAUAAUCUUGCAUUCAAAUUGUGUUGUUUUGGAUUUUAGUGACUGUUGUUUGUGUGAUAAUAUUGUCGUUCGCCUUCUGAUAAGGAAAUGUCUUCGUGGUAAAUUUAGCAGUGGUGGGGAAGCAGCUCCAUCAUGACCAAGCGAUUUGAAUUUAACUGGCAGAUCCCCGUACCCGAACCCUUGCUCCAAGGAGCUGUAUUCGACAGAUGGACCGAAGAAAAAGACAACACGGAAUUGGAAAAAGAAUGCCUUUUCAAAGUCGACGAGUAUGGCUUCUUCAUUUAUUGGAAAAGUGAAGGAAAGGAUGGAGACGUGAUAGAACUGUGUCAAGUCAGCGACAUCAGAUCUGGAGGAGUGCCAAAGGACACAAAAUUGAACGACAAACUAACGACCAAACAUGGAAACCAAUUAGAGGAAAAAUCGUUAACCAUAUGCAGUGGUACGGAUUACAUCAACAUCAACUAUCAACAUGUAGUCUGUCCUGAUGCAAAUACUGCCAAGGUGUGGAAAGAAGGGUUGCGGCACAUCACUCACAAUAACAAAAUUAACAAUGUCUGUCCGAGGACGAGUCUUAUGAAGCAUUGGAUGCGUCUAAGUUUCCUCACGGAUCCCAAAGGCAAGGUGCCAGUUAAGGUGGUCGCGCGAACAUUCGCUUCAGGGAAAACGGAAAAGCUGGUUUACCAAUGUCUCUCGGAACUCGGACUUCCUUCUGGGAAAAAUGAGGCUAUGGAAAGAGAAGCAUUCACAUUUGAUAAGUUCUACGCCCUGUAUCAUAAGAUCUGCCCCAGAAAUGAUAUUGAAGAAUUGUUUAGGACUAUAACUCAAGGCAAAUCGGACCGUAUCAAUUUGGAACAAUUUGUCAACUUCCUGAAUGAGAAGCAGCGUGACCCGAGACUCAAUGAAAUUCUUUACCCACUGUACGAAGACAAGCGAGCAGUGGAAAUUAUCGAAACUUAUGAACAGAAUGACGAAGCAAAAGCUGCCAAGUGCCUUACAAAAGACGGUCUCAUCCGAUACCUUAUGUCGGAUGAGAACGCUCCAGUGUUCCUCGACCGUCUGGACUUCUACAUGGAAAUGGACCAGCCUCUAUCCCACUAUUACAUUAAUUCAUCCCAUAACACGUAUUUAUCUGGUCGUCAGUUUGGUGGAAAGAGUUCUGUUGAAAUGUAUAGACAGGUUUUGCUGGCUGGAUGUCGAUGCGUCGAACUCGACUGCUGGGACGGCAAAGGUGAAGACGAGGAGCCAAUAAUAACUCACGGAAUGGCCAUGUGCACUGACAUUUUAUUCAAAGACGUGAUUUACGCUUUGAGGGACACAGCUUUUGUGACGUCAGACUAUCCCGUGAUCCUAUCCUUUGAGAACCACUGCUGUAAGGCCCAGCAGUACAAGUUAGCCAAGUACUGCGAUGAAAUUCUUGGAGAUCUGCUUAUGAAGGAGCCGCUGCCUGAUUAUCCGUUGGAGCCAGGAAUGCCUCUUCCUCCACCGUGCCUUUUGAAAAAGAAGAUAAUGAUAAAGAACAAGCGGUUAAAGCAAGAAGUCGAGAAACAGGAGUUGGAGCUGUUCAGGCAGGGACAGUUCGUGAUUGAAGACGAGGUUAAAGAGGACGCAUCGGCUGUUGUUCUUCCAGAAGACAAGAAGCCCGAGGAAAUAGUCGUGGAGGCAGCCGCGGCAGGGGACGACGCCCCUCCGCCGGUGCAAUACACGGGCUCCACCACCAACGUUCACCCCUGGCUGUCUUCCAUGGUCAACUACGCGCAGCCCAUCAAGUUCAUCUCCUUUGAGGAGGCCGAGAAGCGAAACAUCCACCACAACAUGUCUUCCUUCGCCGAAACAACGGGAAUGAACUACCUCAAGAGUCAGGCCAUUGACUUCGUCAACUACAACAAACGUCAGAUGUCUCGAAUUUACCCCAAGGGGACCAGAGCUGAUUCGUCUAACUAUAUGCCUCAGGUAUUCUGGAACGCGGGCUGCCAAAUGGUGUCCCUGAACUUCCAGACCUCCGACCUUCCGAUGCAGCUGAACCAGGGCAAGUUUGAAUACAACGGGAAUUGCGGGUACCUUCUAAAGCCGGACUUCAUGCGUCGGGCGGAUAAGAGCUUCGACCCCUUCGCCGAUGCACCCGUCGACGGAGUCAUUGCUGCUCAGUGUGCUGUACAGGUGAUAGCGGGUCAAUUUUUGUCAGACAAAAAAGUGGGUACUUACGUAGAAGUUGACAUGUACGGUCUACCCACCGACACCAUUCGUAAAGAGUUCCGGACACGAAUGGUGCCCGCUAACGGAUUGAACCCUGUCUAUAACGAGGAACCAUUUUUAUUCAGAAAGGUCGUACUCCCGGACUUGGCUGUUCUGCGUUUCGGGGUGUACGAUGAGAAUGGCAAACUUUUGGGCCAACGUAUCCUGCCUUUGGACGGUCUCCAGGCGGGAUAUCGCCACAUCUCCCUCAGAACUGAAGCCAACUUCCCAAUGUCAUUGCCUAUGCUGUUCUGUAACAUUGAGCUAAAGAUUUACGUACCUGAUGGCUUUGAAGAUUUCAUGGCGGCUCUGUCCGAUCCGCGUGCUUUCAUGGGAGCGGCGAAGGAGAGAACAGACAAUAUGAAGGCCAUGGGCAUAGAGGAGAGUGGGCCAGAGAAGAAACCGGAGCCUGAACAGAAGAAAGAAGAACCGCUGGUAUUCGAGCCAAUAACAGUAGAGUCCCUCCAACAAGACAAGGGCUUCCUCAAGACCAGCAAGAAGCAGCAGAAAGACUUGGAGGCGAUGAGAAAGCGACACGCCAAGGAGAAGAUGCUUUUACAGAAACAGCAGUGUGCUGCUAUUGAGAAGAUGAUUAAGGGAAAGAAUAAAGAGCAGCUGACGAACGACACGACCUUUCGCACGCUCGUGACGGACCAGUCCAACGCGUGGAGCGAGCUGGUCUCCCGCCACCGCAGAGAGGAAUGCGCAGCCGCCAGGACCAGGCUGGACGAUCAGCGGGAGCUGCUCAAGAAGAUGAUGGAGCAGACGCAGCUGGCGCAGAUGAAGCAGCUCGAGGCGAAGCAUGAGAGGGAACUAAAAGAAAUGAACACUCGUCAAGCAAAGAUCAGCGUCGAGACGAGUAAGGAAGUGGCCAACGAUAAGACCUUGAAGACUAAACAGGAGAAGGACAGAAGACUGAGGGAGAAGAAGCAGAACAACAUCAAGAAGUUUAUGGACGAGAAGAAGACUCAAACAAUAAAGCAAAAUCGCGAGAAAGAGAAGCUGAAGGUGACACACGACAAGCAGGUGGAAGAACUGGGGAAGGACAUAGAUAACCUCAUCGAAAUGUACAAAAUGGAAGAAUCCGAGUUCGACAUGGCGAGCAAAGCCGAGUUCUUAGCAUGAAAGUUCCCGGACAUUGCGCCUCUCAUUCAACAAAUGACUUGACAAGUGACGAGUGAUCUUUAAUUUUAAACGUUAUCAGUGCACUAACAUUUAAAAUAACACCAUCAUUUACGUACAGAUACCGGCAAACUUCUUGAGCAUUAAACAAAGGAAUGGGGGAAAGUUUGCGCAUCGUACACAUACGAGCAAAAAAAGGGUCUAACUAUUUUAUUUUACUGUAGAAUACUUUUUACGUAUAUAAGUUUUAAAAAUAGUUAGUUUUAUUUUAUGUAGAUUGUUGACUUGGACGCAGCGCGGGACACAAAGUCUCAGUUUCCCGCCGAAGUGAUACCUAAAAAUCGCUUCUGCGCAGUCAAGGACAUUUUGUUCAAAAUGUUUGCCGGUAUCUGUACUUAUUUCUUUUUUCCGUUAAAUUACAAGAAUUUAUAAAAAAAUUACUACGCCUACUAGUGACAAAAAUAGGUUUAUUUUUCAGAAAAAUCAUUAUAGAUUUUCAAUUUUAUUAAAUUUUAAAUAUAAGUUUAAUGUUUUAAUGAAUUUGAGCAUUUGUUUCAAAGUUCAAAUAUUCGUUUGGUAAAUUUAUUUAUUGGUUUGUUCCUGUUUCGAGUGGUUUUUGUUAUGUUUAUGCACUAAUUUUUAAAUAUGUUAUUAUUAUAAAAUGUUCCUUCUAAACUGUGAAUACUAAUGUAAGUUAAUAAUUAGUUUUAAAAUUAUUAUAAGGGUAAAAAACUAUUUAAAUACUGAUUAUUAAUUCCAAGAUUAAUAAUUGGGAAUUGAAAAAAAGUAAAAUGUUUAUCAUGCCAUGCUUAAUAGUUUUUAUCAACUACUUAUUUUGGGAACAGAACAUUUAAAUUAAAGUGUGAAUGCACUUUGAAUUUUUUUUCUAGUUUAUAAAAACAUUAACCAUGAAACAUAGUUUUUAAAAACUUUAUGAAUUUGUAAAGUUUAAUUGUUCUUUUUACGGGUAAUAAGAUCUAAUAUUUCAAAAAUUAUUUCAUUAGACUUAGUGCGUAGACCC